AUGUUGCUCUUGAAGAUUGUACGUGAACGCCCUGAGCUAUUAAGUACCACCUUUAAAUGUCUCGUUACUAACCUCUCUGCUUGCUGGGGCAGUUCAGUCAUAGAACGAAACUCAUUAAAAGAAAUACCACCAAUAUAUAAUACACCUACGGGAAAGACAGAAUCUGCUAUCCGAAAGUUCCUCUCCUUCGAUGAUGAAUACCUGCUAUUCCUUGGGCCCAGGAGGAUUCCUCCGGUUGCCACAGCAAGCUCGAAUUCCGUCAACUCAGUGACCAUUCUGACCUCAGUCGGAUACCAGCAAUUGCAGGUGGAACAGUACCAAGAUGCUAUCAAGUCAUUGAAGCCAGAUAUUGCAAUCGGUCUAGCUGAUGUGCUAGAUAGACAGCCGGGGGUGAAAAGACGGGAGAAAAUGGUUGAUCGGACACAUGCAUGGACGCAGUCGGCCGUAGACAUCUUGUUUAAGCCUGCAGAUAUAAGCAACCGGCUUGGAGAGACCUCGUUUUUUGCACCAAUACUUCCACUUGAAAAGGAGCGGCAGACCGUAUACUUGCGGGAUCUGGAGGAAGAAAUGGCAGAUGCGGUUUCUGGGUUUGCAGUAUGGGACCCAGCCACAAUUGAAUUGAUCCCCCAAGCCCUUUGGCAUUUACCACGGUUGUCUAUUGGUGAAUCUAAUACCCCUCAAGACGUUCUCAGGGGAGUGUCACUUGGGCUUGACCUUUCCGCGAUCCAAUUCAUCGGAACGGCGUCUGAUGCAGGUCUCGCUCUCGACUUUUUCUUCCCAAAAGGUGCCCCUCAAGACAAGUCGUCACCCUACCCGUUAGCAGUUGAUAUGCUACUACCCGCUCAUUCCACCGACACUUCAGCACUUGUCUCUGAUUGCCAGUGCUACACAUGCAAGACGUACCAUAAAGCCUACCUCCGCCACCUGCUUAAUGCGAAAGAAAUGCUUGCUUGGACACUGCUCCAGAUACACAACCAUGCCAUUAUGGAUAGAUUCUUUACUGAUAUAAGAACAAGUAUUGAGCGUGGGACAUUCGAAGAGGAUGUAAAAACUUUUGAGUGUACUUAUAUGUCGGAGUUUCCCGAGCCCAGUGGGCAAGGUCCAAGGAUGCGAAGUUACCAGUUCAAAACUGGGCCGGGAGAGAAACGAAACCCAAAGGUCUUUGGACGCCUGGAUGGUGUUGCGGAAAGGCUUCUGGAGUCUCAGUCGUCUGUAGUUACUCCUGAUGCUGAGGCUGAGGAACUCGAAGCUCGCGGAUUUGCCGAAAAGAUGCAGUGA